AUCUGCGUUCGCAUCAACUCUUGCUUUUUGGAAGUUUUCCAUUAUGUAAAAAAAAAUUUUAUAUACAAUGGGUGAAACGAAAAAUAUAUCCUAAUCAAAGUGACAAAAAGUGUAAUAUUUAACCCUUUUUUUCUCACUAUCAAAGUAUAUAAAAACAUCAACAUCAUGUUUUUGUUAUGUUUAAAAGUAUCUAUUAAUUAUUUUUAUCCAAUUACCGGCUCAAAUCAAUUAAAUAGUGAGAUAAUAAGAAAAUAGAAAAAAAAAAUCUCUUGACGCCAUUCGGGAUAUUUUUUUUUCCUCAAGAUUGCAAAACGAAGAAAUAUCAUUUCACAUCGUCGUCGUUUGUCGCUCUACCAUUACCACCAACAAGAGUGUGAAAGAAAAAAAGAAACAAAGCAACAAUAGACGGACGCGCGCCAUUUUGUAUUUUGCAUGAACGAACGAAGAAGAACACGAAACUAUAUCUGCGACAACAGUGUUUUUAUUAAUAUUUUUUUUCUCUUCUACAAAUUUUAAUGUGUGCUCAUUGCAUUUUAUUAUUAUAAUGCAAUAAAUAUUUUAAGAAAAUACCAAAUCAAACAACAGUUUGAAUGUUUUUCAAUGCAAAAAUUAUUGUGAAAUAAUAAAAAAAAAAAAAUAAUAAGAAAAGUGAAUUAGAAAAAAAAAAAACUCCCAUGGUGUCCCCCUCGAACCAACGACGCACAUAAUCAAAUCAGCAGUCUUUCUUUCUCUUUCCCACACAUAGGCUAAAAUUUUUUUAUUUUUUUUUUCUUUCUCGCUCUGGUGCUUACAUAUUUAUUAUUUUUAUUAUUUUCUACUCAUUAUUUGCCUUUGUUUCUUUUUUUCUCGUGUGUGCACAAAGUGAGUUGAGUUGUAAAUGAAUGACGUCAUUGAAAGGAAUUCAAGGUCUUUAAGAAGUUCCUUAAUCGGAUUUUGGUUGGAAAUUUAUUAAAUUUAUAUAUCGCGCGAAUUGUUUCUGCUCUCCCCUCCUUCUCCCCCAUUGAGUGGGUGAAACAGAGUCAGAGUAAAACUUGAAAAUUGAAACAAAAACAAAUGUCAGUGGAAAUAGUGUAGAUCGGUUCGGCGCAAGCAGAAGGCAAAAAAAAAAAAAAAAGUUCUGUUUGUGAACUUUUUUUUUUUUUGAGAAUCACGCAUCACUUUGAAGAGUCAGUCAAAGAAGAAGAAGGACCACUCGAAUCUAAAUAGGAAAGAGCGCAGUUUUUUGUGAUUGGUGUUGUCGUCGUUUGUCGCCACCACAAAACACAAACCACGAUAGUGGGCAAUAGCAGCAGAAGCAGCAGCACCGACAACCAUGUCCGUGCAGCAAUUCUGCUUGCGAUGGAACAAUCACCAGCCGAAUUUUAUUUCGGUGUGUUCCUCGCUGCUGCAUAAUGGAACUUUGGUGGAUGUUACUUUAGCGGCUGAAGGACGUCAGUUGCAGGCGCACAAAAUUGUCUUGUCCGCAUGCAGUUCGUAUUUUCAGACUCUUUUUACAACGAAUCCAUGUCAACAUCCAAUUGUCAUACUAAAGGAUGUACAGUAUGAUGACCUCAAGACAAUGGUAGAUUUUAUGUAUUACGGUGAGGUGAAUGUGUCGCAAGAACAAUUGCCGCACAUUCUUAAAACGGCUGAGAUGCUUAAAAUCAAAGGCUUAGCCGAAAUGCCCACCGAUGCGGCGACUCUAACAAAGUCAGAUAGUAAAUCGUCAUCCGACCAGCCCGAUCAACUGCAGAGCAGUGGAACGGAUUCAUUGUGGGGUAGUUCGGAGUCACAAUUUCAACAACAACAACCGCAACCACAUCAUCACCACCACCAUCAUCAGCAAAGUCAAACGCAGCAAAUGCACCAGCUUCGAAGAUCACCUUCGCCACUAGGUACAGGUACCUCACCAGCCACACGAAGGAAACGGCUAAGAAAGUCUUCAAAUAAUGGUUCCGGUGAUCGCAUUACGGACGAUCAUAGUGGAGUCGAUGCCGGCGGUAAUAUCAACCUAUCCCAAAUGGGCCAAAUGUCAUUUGGUGGUAAUCCAAGUGGUCUAGGGCAUACUUUACAUACAAAAAUUAUAAAAGAGUCAACUAGUGUUGAUGUUGAUAGUCAUCAGCAAGACUCUUCCCCCGAUAGCUUAGAUGAUGGCAAUGGUCAUCCUCAUACUAUGCAAAUCAAACCCGAAACGGAUUUGAAUGUUCCACAGACAUUACCCUUGGAUAUUUCUGGAGGUACAACUCCUUCAGAGCAUGAUGGUCCAAAUGCCAGUUGCUCCCAGUCAUCGCAUUCAGGUCUGCAAUGGACGGUCGUUGAUUCAAAUUAUUCCCGAUUUUCGCUGUCGUCUUGCCAACCCAAUUUAAUUGGUAAUGGCAACACCAACAAUCCCAACGGAGGAUUGAGUAAUCAAUCAACCAACAACAAUAACAACUCGAGCAAUACUGGAAAUCAAAAUACAACCGACCACCAGCAACAACAGCAGCAGCAACAACAACAACAACAGCAGCAACAACAACAACAACAACAGCAGCAGCAUCGACAACAGCAGCAGCAACAACAACAACAAAACGCCAACAAUUCAAAUGGCAAUUCCAGUGCAACUAGCGGUCUUGGUGGCCACACCCAACAACAACAACAACAACAGCAGCAUGGUCAUAUCCAAAUGCACUACACAAACUCCACGUAUUCGCCACAAAUCAUUUCCGUCAAUAGUCUAGUGGGCAACUACUCGCAAAAUCUAUCGACGCCUACGUCGCCAAAUGAGUCGGCAAUGGUGCAAUCGGUGUACAGUCAGGGACCGACACCAACCCAAUCGCCAGUCCAUCAAAUGAACACAGUUUCGGCGGGUCUGACGACGACAAAUGCCACGAGCAAUACCGGCUCUGGCGGCAGUGGUGGUGCAGGCAAUAGUGCCAAUGGCAAUAACACCGGUAACAGUGGGGCGCUGACCACUACCGUCGUUAAUACAGCCGGCAACAGCGGAACAAAUGUAGUCAACAAUAGCCAACAAGUCCAAUCGGGCAAUCAAACCACACAAACGACUAUCGUAGUCAAACGUAAGCGUUCGGUAAAUCCUCAAGGUGAUGAGAAUUUCAUACGAGCCCUCGAAGCGGUGCGAUCGGGUGGCAUAGGCUUUUGCAAGGCCGCCCGUCUCUACGGUGUUAAUAACCGAACUCUAUGGUUAGAGUACAAGAAACGGGGUUAUCCUAUCAGUCGGCCGAGCAUUAAAAGUAGAGUAGUCAAACAGGAGAAUCUGUCGCCUUCGCCGACGCCCACUAACGAGGAAACAACGAUCGAAAACUACGAGCACAUUAACCAGUCAGCUAUUAACAUGCAAGUUCCUCCAACAUCGGAUACGCCCACGCCACUUAUGUGCACUCCGCACACACAUCCCAUGGGCGUGAUGGGCUUCCUCGACACCAGACACAUGGACUUCCCAACCAGUAUACACACAAUGUCUCGACAGCGAUAUGUCGAUAGCGCGGUAAAUGUUAAUCCUUCUGCAAUGAAUCUGCAAAGUAUUAACUUUAAUUCCAUAUAGGAUGACUUAAAGUAAAAAAUAAAAAAACUCUAAAGAGCCGUUUAAAUCUAGCAGAUAGCAGAUAUAAAUUAAAAAAAUUAAAGGUUAUUCAUCAUAAAAAUGAACAAACCAAGUCCACACAAUGUACAGUCUAGUUGUUGUUGUUUUUUCAUAUAGUAUUUUCAGUUUUUGAUCUGAAUUUUAAUUUUUAUUCCUUCUGAUGGUUAUAUACACAUAUCUUGUAAUACUAAUAAUGAAAAAGUCUCCAAAUAAAACCCUUCCACCUAUUGGCAGAAUGUGUUUAUAGGAGAACAAUAAAAUUAAAAAAAAAAACGCAUAUUAUUGUUAUAAGUCCACAAAAUAGUCAAUUUUUACAAUUUAAAAUCGUGCAGCUAAUUCUGCCAAUAGAAUUAAAAAAGUACAUAGAAACCAAAUUCCAAAUAUUUUUAUUCAGAAAACCAUCGAGUUUUUAGUUUUAUACAUAAAUUUCCUAUUCUCUUUUUCAUUUGUUGUUUUUUAAUUAAACUUAAAGUUUUAUUUCUACAAAAUGUAUAUCUUACAUACUCAGAAAACAGAAAAAUCUUUAUAAACAAAUGAUUUUAGAAAACCAACAAAACAAAUGAAAACACAACAGUUGCAUAUUCGUAUUUAUUAGGAGUUUUUUUUUUUUUUUUAAAUAUAAAAGUAAGUUAGUUUAAGGUCAAAUUUUAAAUAUUACAAAAAAAAUAUAUAUAUUAUUAUAUAGAUUCAAACCUACUCUUAUAAUUCUUUACGUUAUAUAUUAUAUAUUAAUAAUAAUGCAAAAAAGUGCAAAAUAAAUUAAAAACAAAAAAAAAAACAAAGAAAUUAAAAAAAAAACAA